CUUUUCAAUAUCGGCCAUUCUGUGACGGUAUGUUGAAACUGAACGACUGAAAUAAAUCCCUCUGUAUACGACCAAUCUUUGACACUUUGUGAUAUUUAAAGAUAGAAUUAUAAUCCAUGGCCCCAAAGAGAGCAAAUGUUGUGCCCAAUGGGCACUUUCAUAAGGAUUGGCAGCGUAUGGUGAAGACAUGGUUCAACCAGCCAAUGAGAAAGAAGAGAAGGCACGAGACGCGUGUCAAGAAAGCUCACAGAAUUGCUCCUCGCCCAGUCGCAGGAUGUCUUCGGCCCAUUGUUCGGUGCCCAACAUUUAAGUACAACACAAAACUACGAGUUGGAAAAGGGUUUACUCUUGAUGAACUAAAGCAAGCUGGAAUCAACAAGAGACAGGCACUGACUAUUGGUAUUGCAGUAGACUACAGGAGGAGGAACAAAUCUGUCGAGUCACUCCAACAGAAUGUCCAGAGGCUGAAGGAAUACAGGAGUAAACUCAUCCUGUUCCCAAAGAAGCAGAGCAAACCCAGGAAGGGUGAUGCUACAGCUGAAGAAAUCAAGAUGGCCAAACAAUUGUCAAGCCCUGUUAUUAUGCCAGUGAGACAGGUCGCCAAGACUGAGAAGGCCAGGGCCAUCACGCCCGAGGAGAAGAAGUACAGUGCUUUUACUGCCCUUCGACAAGCUCGUGCUAACAAGAAGCUGAAGGGCUUCAGAGAAAAGAAGGCCAGACAAAAGGCAGAGGAGGAGGCCAAUAAGCCUAAGAAAUAGACUAAAUUAUUGGUUUACGGAGCGUCCAUUAAAAGCCUGUACAAGAAA